UACCUCAUCGGGACUUGGUCUCGUCCCCCUUUUUGUUUAGGAAGCUCUAAAUAGAAGUAGGGCUUUCUAUUUGGCCGAAAGCGAAGAAGCUUCCUUAUUUUAUAAAGUUUUAAAGUAUUGCGGGAGGGCAUCAAAUCGUAGAGCACCAUGUCAUAGCAGAAAAGUGAAGAGCUCAUCAACACCUUGUUAAAUCUGAGCUCUGAAAGAAGCUUUUAGCGAGAAAAACUGUGUUUUUAUGGACGCGAGGACCACAAAACCGGGGAGAAAGAUGUUCUGCUUCACCAUAUAAAGGGGAUAAGGCAUUCAUUUUUGAAAGAAGUUAAGUUAACCUGAGCCAGUUUUGCACCUACAAUGUGGGACUGAGUACAGAACUGUUGCUGCUCUGAAAUUUGCAAGUCAGUCGAGCCCCAACCACACACACAAACUACAUCUCGGAGCUCAUUUCAAAAGUUUACAUUAUUCACUGGAAUAAUAUUCAGUUCACAUUUUAAGUGAAUCUGGGAAGAGUGUGGGUUUGUUAUAACAGCUCUCGGGACCCUUCAGGCUCAGCGGGACUUGUAAAAUCCAUGAAAACAGACUAGCCCAGGGUUUAAGGAUCGGCGAGGAGACCCAGUGGGUUGUAGUGUUCUUGGCAUUUUCAAUCAUGCGAUGGCUGAGUUUACUUAUCCUGUGCAUAGCCUCACUCCACCAGGGCUGCUGCACUCAUCUGGAGGAUUACUUUAUCAAUGGACCGACAAAUGUGACAUCAUCUCAAGGGAAGGAUAUUGUAUUGAGAUGCUCUAUCAAAAUGUCUGAUGGUGAGCUUGAAGAAAUAAAUUGGCUGAAAGAUGACAAACCUCUUUAUGUGGCAGAAACCAGUGAAGCUGUGAUACCACUAGAAGGAACUGAAUGGCAGGCUACGUGUGAACUGAGUCUUCCAUCAGUUCAGCUCUCAGAUGCUGGGAACUACAGAUGUGUUUUUCUCGUCAGCGGAGAGAAAUUACUGUCUGAAGAGGCUCAUUUGGCAUUAGAAGGGCUUCCUCAUUUUUCCAUGGAACCAGAAGACAUGAGUGUCACUCCAGAAAGCAGUUUUAACCUGAGCUGCUUGGCAGAAGGCCCUCCAGAACCUGUGAUGGUAAUCUGGCUUCAAGAUGGUGCACCAUUAAAUUCCCUGACUGAUCCCAUUGCAAAGUCACCAUCCCUCCUGGAAGUAUUUGGUCUCAAUAAGACCUCUACGUUCUCAUGUGAAGCUCACAAUGCAAAAGGUGUUACAACAUCGAGGACAGCUGUGGUGAGAGUGCUGCCUGGCAGACCAAGAAACAUCCAGUUGAUAUCUCAGAGGAAUGACUCUCUCCAAAUUUCUUGGGAGGCUGGGCCCAGUGGAAUAUAUCCCACCAGUGUAUGCACAGUACAGGCUGCUGUCAAAGAUGCUGAACUUGGACCUUUCUCACAACAUGUGAUAUGUAACCGGACUGUCAGUGUGCCACCGUGUAGUCACGUCAUUAGGGGUUUGGCACCAUUCACUUCAUACAUCGUCUCCUUGACCUGUAGGUCCAGUGAAGGUGACUCCCAGUGGACUGACUGGGUAACUAUGGAAACACUAGAAGGAGUUCCCAGUGCGGCUUCUGAUAAUAUCACGGCAUCAGUGAAUGGUACAGUGCUAACCAUCUGGUGGAGUGAACCUGCUGGCAACAUAAAUGGAAUCUUACUAGGAUACAAGUUGGCUUAUGAGAGAGAUGGCUUACUUGAGGAGAUUGUAGAUGUUGGAUUAAACAAUGAGGUGCCUUUAGAGAUGAAUGUUACAUUCCACAAUAUCACCCUACGAGUAGCUCCAUAUACGUCAGCUGGAGAAGGACCAUGGAGUGAAUCGCUUACUGUCAUCAAUACUGAAUUUGAUGAUGGAAGACACAAGUCUGAAAAGAGCAUUGGCCCAGCACUUUCUUGGCAUUGGUGGUAUGUCAUAAUGGCAGUUAGCCUUGCAUUGUCCUUGGCAAUUUUAACAGCAGUCUUCCUUGCCAGACUAAGAAGAAAAGAGACUCGCUAUGGGCAAGCAUUUAUGCCAGAUAUGGAGCAGGGAGAGCCAGUGGUGCGUUACCGAGUGAGAAAGACGUAUACUAGGAGAACUACAGAGGCUACUUUAAAUAAUCUGGGCAUUAGUGAUGAACUCAAGGAGAAGCUCCGAGAUGUUAUGGUGGACCGACAUAAGCUUGCCCUUGGAAAGACUUUGGGAGAAGGUGAAUUUGGUGCAGUCAUGGAAGGACAAUUAAAUCAAGAUGGCUGUCUCCUUAAAGUUGCUGUUAAGACAAUGAAAAUAACUAUCUGUACAAGAAGUGAAAUGGAGGACUUCCUUAGAGAAGCAGUCUGUAUGAAGGAGUUUGACCACCCCAAUGUCAUGAGACUGAUUGGUGUAUGCUUGCAGAACACAGAGAAUGAAGGCUAUCCCUCACCUGUAGUCAUCCUUCCCUUCAUGAAGCACGGUGACCUGCACAGCUACCUGCUCUACUCUCGCCUUGGAGACAACCCAGUGUAUUUGCCAACACAGAGGCUGGUGAAAUUUAUGACUGAUGUUGCCAGUGGAAUGGAAUAUCUAAGCAGCAAGAACUUCAUACAUCGGGACUUAGCGGCUCGUAACUGCAUGUUAGAUGAAAAUAUGAAUGUCUGUGUUGCUGACUUUGGGUUAUCAAAGAAAAUCUACAAUGGAGAUUAUUACCGCCAGGGUCGGAUAUCGAAGAUGCCAGUAAAAUGGAUAGCCAUUGAAAGUCUUGCAGAUCGCAUAUACACAACUAAAAGUGAUGUGUGGUCAUAUGGAGUUACAAUGUGGGAGAUAGCAACACGAGGGCAGACGCCAUACCCAGGAGUGGAGAACAGUGAGAUCUAUGACUAUCUGAGACAGGGAAAUCGGCUCAAGCAACCUCCUGACUGCUUGGAUGGACUGUAUCAGUUAAUGCUGUCCUGUUGGAUGCUGAACCCCAAGGACAGGCCAACAUUUGAGAUACUCCACUCUGAGCUAAAGAAGAUUCUCGAAAACCUUCCUGCUGAUCAGGACCCAGAGGAUAUUCUAUAUGUCAAUAUGGAACCAGAUGCAGACCGGGAACUUGGAGCAGUCGGAGGAUUUGAGACAGAAGACUCUGAUCUACAGAUACUGAAGGGGCAAGUAAUUACUGCAGAUGUUCACCGUUCAGGAACUUGCAGUCGUUACGUUUUGUGUCCUCCUCAUGAAGGUGUCCACCUUCUGAGUUCAGCACAGUCAAGUGAAAAUUUACUGCAGCUUACAGCAAUUGAUGAGGAAACAUUGGAUGAUGAACCAGACCAUAAUGAUGUAUCACAGUACAGCUAAUGACCUACUGAACAGCUGGAUUUCCAUCUGAAUAAUGCAAAGUUGACUGAUUUAAUAUAAUCAGAAAACAAUUAUUUGGCCUGGUAUAAUCACCACUGCAUUUGAAGUCAGUAAUGGAAAUCUGGUACCAAAAAGCAAGUCAAAAUAAUACGGAUUGAAAGAAACGAUGCACUUUUCUUCUACUUCUCGUUUUUUCUGUAGUCACGCAAGGGCUUCCUCUCAUUUGAAAAUUGCACUUCCAAAGACUUUGUGAAUUCUUUUUUUUCAGACAGAACAUCUGAUGACUUGUUCAGCUGGAAAUCACAGCACUGUAAGCAAAAGGAUAUAAACUGAAACUGUAUUUGCACUGACUGCAGCAUAUCAUUAAAAGUAUAAUAGUUUCAGUUACCUUUAUCUUCAGAGUGAGGGCUUUGUUCAGCAAGUAGUCAUCUUUACUGCCAGUGGCAAAAAUGUUGUUAUAUGGCUUUAAUUUGUGCAUUUUAAAUAUGGACACUCCAGAAGAAUGCUGUAAGAAUGUACCACAAAGAAAAGCUUAACUAUUUGCCAGUUUCCAACUCUGCUUUAUGAGUAGAGUGCACAAUUUCUGUACUGGUAGGUAGAAUGCCACUAUGUAGUUUACAAUACUGGAGGUGUAUCUGUAAUCAGGAUGUCAGAAGCAACAGCAUGUCUAGUAGAAAUUGAAGCUUCGUUGUUGCACAGUAUUUUUUAAUUGUGGAAAUGUACAUGAAUGUGUUUGGCUUGCUGAACUAUAACAUGCUGUUUGCUGUAUGAAUGGAGAUAAUAGAGUGCAGAUUAUGUGAACAUUUUAACCGUUAAACAAAAAUAGGGGAGGGAAAUGCCCAAUAAACAAACUAUCAAACAAAGCAAAAGGGCAAUCAAAACAGAAAAUAAAAGACAAACGCAUUAAUGACAUACCGUGUUUUUGUCCUUUGAAACUUCCUCAGAUCUUUUAUUUUGUGUUUGUGAAAAAGCUUUACAGUUGGAUAUUAAACCACCUGAAAUUGCUUAGUGGUCCAUUUUGAUUGCCCUUUUGCUUUGUUUAACAUUUUAACUGUACUACAUCACAUGGCUGAUAGGUGUUUGCUGGGUGGUUUUGAGCUUUGAAGAAAUGUUCUCGAUUCUUGAAUUCCUAGCAGUAUCAAACCCUUCCCAGAACGCAGAAAUGUUCUAGUUGUAGUGCAGCUCAGAAAAAAAUGUGUUUGAGUAGUAGUUUAGUGCAGGAAGAAUACAAUUAUCUUCGUUCUUAUGCAUGCAUAAUCUAUACACAGUUUAUUACAUUACACUUGCAAACCAGUUCCUUACACCCAAGUGUUUGGAAAACCUGACUUGAAUUGCAGGCCAGUGUCUGAACAUUCCUUACUUGUAUUACUUAGCUUAGUUAACCCACAAAACAUAAUAUUACAUUUUCUUCUAAAGGAAAAAAAAAAAACAGCAAUCUGUUUUGCACUGCCUCUUAAGAGAAUGCCAGUCACAUUGAGAUAUAUAGUUAGUCGCAUUACUGAAUCCAUACAUGCUGAAGCAUUUCAUUUUAACUAAAAGACUUUGUAGGAAGCUUUAUUUUAUCAUAUGAAGGGAUAUCUAUAUCCAUAUGAAGGGAAUACAUACCACAUCUGUUUUAAGGGAAAAUGUUGAAACACAAAAUCUGAUAGCUGUGAAACAACAAAAAAAUAAGAUUUAUUUACACUUGAAAUUAUUUUAAAAUUUUGACUUAUUUAAAUUUUUAAUAGUUUAGCUACACCAGUAUGCUUUCAUUACAACUUGGGUAAGACAAACACAUGUAAAAGCAUAAACUUAAGAUGCAAGUCUUGUUCAGAGCCAGUGAGGUUAGCAAUUAAAUGUUCAUCAUCAUGAUCACUGUUUCAGUAGCCAGAGAUUGUAUGGGUCAUAUCCUGCAGUAGAUAUAACAGCCAGCCAGCUUCCCAAACUUCAGGGCACCUUCCAUGCAACCAAACUAUUAGGCAGCUCAAGCUAAGCUGACUAAAAGUCAAGUUUGUGAGCCAGGCCUCCUAGAGCUUAACUGCCGCCAAGAAGACUGCUUCUCUGCUGUCAUUCUUGGACUGACAGUUGACUAACACUGUUCCAUUACUGGGCAGAUAAAUUUCCAUGGGGAGAAGAGCCCUCCACAUUACAUUUUCUUUAUGGAGACAUACUUUUCCUAAAAUAGAAGAACUUGUAAGCUAGGAGAAAGUGUUUUUGUUGACUGUCUUGUGACAUUUAUAUACAUUUAAAAGCGGGUACAAUUUUUUUUUUUUUACUUUUGUGGUUGAAAGUUUUUUAAAACUGCUUUUUGUGGAUUUACUAUGGUUAUUUUACAUUUUGCGGCUGGAGAAAGUGUUUAAAGUGUCUCUGUUUUCUGAGAAAAUUUUACUUUUUUGUGAAUUUCCUGGUUUAUUGUGUAUUGUUGCUAAGUUUCUCUGAGAAAUGAGCACUAUUUUCAGCUUUAACACGGAACAAAGUACCAGUUCCUUGGUUGAACCUUCUUCUAAUGUUAAGUAGCAUUUACCACCACAACAAUCUGGUAUUGUGCAGGUGGUGACUGUUGUAGCCAAAGCUGGUUACUCAGACUAUGCAUCCUUCUGCUGUAAUCCGUAUAGCCACAAUGGACCAGGGGUUUGACACAUCCUCUGCAGCUAUAGGUGUCCCUUCAGGGGGAAGAGAAAUCCACUCUUGGCAGCCCUGGAGAAGGGCCAGGGAAUGUGCCCAUGCUUAGCGAGAAUACUGUGCCCAUCCCUGAGGAAGUUGUUGCUGGCAGUACUAGUUCUGUCUCUACAGAAAUUCCUGUCAAAAAGGGAUAGAAAACUAAACAUUUGUCUUCUGUUAACAGAUAAUCUGUUCAGGAGUAAUUUAAUGGCUCAGGGUCUUGUACAGGCUGUUUCGGGUAAAAGAAAAAGGAUUCCUGUAUCUCUGAGGAGGUUCAAUAAUUUGAACUUGAAGGGGAACGUGAAGAAACACAUGCAGUUGUUUCUCCUCAGAUUCUGAGGAGAGUGAUGUAUCUGAUUCUCCCUGUGAGGAAUUCUCUUUCUGGGAGACUAUUUCCAGGCUGAGUCAGUAUUUUCAGUGAGAGAAUAUCCUCUCUCUCACAAAAUAUUAUGAUUUGUUACAAAUGAAAUUUCCGGAGCCCACACUUAACCCUCCAGUUUGUUCAGCUUUGGAGUUUUUUUUUUUUUCGCAGCUUGCAAUUUCUCUAGUAGGCAGCCUCCUGCCUCCAAUAAAGCAGAUGGAGUUGUAUAAAGUUCUUCAGUUGUUCAAGUUUUUAUAUACCAGUUCCAGACUUGACCCAGCAGCUUUAGUUAAUCCAGCUACUGGUAAACUGCUUCUGCAACUUUAAUAUUUGGAAUUCUAAACUGUCGGGCUUAUAUGUUGAGGGUUAUCCCGACUAAUUGUGAAAGUAUAAUGAAUGUUUUGGCAUCAGUUUCUUCUUGUGAGGAAAAAUCUGCUUUGUGUAAUUUAGUUUCUUCUGUUUCUGUUGUUCUGUUAUUACUCAUUGUUUAAACUGUGUUUUUGACUCUGUAGAUACUUCUUCCAGGGCUGCAGCCAGCGGAACUGCUUUGUGGAGAUUUGCCUGGCUGAUUCAGAGAAUAUUCUUAAUGAUGUCAAAAUGAAAUUUUAAAUUCUUCCAUGGGGAGAGAUUUGUUUUUUGGUACUUCUGCUGUAGAAAUGUAAUGAGAUGGACAACCUGAUUCUGUGAGUUUCUCAGAUUUUCAAGCCCUCCAUCUUUAAAUUUUCUAAGGGAUUCCCUUUUCCCUUCUUUAACUUUGGCAAUGGCAGGAAGGUUACAAAACAAAAGCAGUAAUGACUAUGUAAGGAACCUCACCCCCCCCCCCCCCACACACACACACACACACACUCGCAAUCCCUUAAUCUUCCCAGAAAGUCUGAAGCUCUUGUUCUGUCUUUGGCAACAGACUGUUUCAGACAAAUGGGUCUUGACUAUGAUCCACCUAAACUACAGUUGGCAGUGGGAUUUUUCCUCACCUGCCUGACCGAACUCUCGUCUUUCUUCUUGUCUUACAUCAUAUGCUAUCUCAGGGUGGGUGGAUAGCUGUUCUUCCUCCUACUCGAUAAGGAGAGGGAUUUUAUUUAAGGGUGUUUCUGGUGCCAGAGAAUUAAGAUUCUUGGAGAUUCCUGAACCAAUCUGUGAUUCUGCCCAAGUUGAAAAUGCUUUCACUUCACAACGUGUUACCCCUUCAUCUGCAUUUGAGUUUGUUAAUAACCUUAGAUUUAAAAGAUACAUAUCGUCACAUUCCUCUUCAUCCAGAUUUCAGAUGUGUCAAAGUUUUCUGUGUCUAGAUCACAUUAUUAGUUCUCUGUUUUCACCUUUGGGCUAUCCAUUGCCCCAAGAAUAUUCCUAAAGUGUCUAGCUUCUGCAGACUACAGAGUAUGCACCUUUUUCAUAAUUAGAUGACUUGUUUAUCUUUGUGUGUUUUUAAAGUGUCAGGAGCCACUCCCUUGAGUCAAAGAUUUCAUUCAGAGGCUGGUAUUCCAAGACAACACUGAAAAGCCUAUUUUGUUUUCCUCCCACCUGGAUGUUUUUUCUGGGAUGUCUGAUGGAAACCUCACUACAAACAGCUUUUCUUCCACAUGAAAAAAUAGCUAUAUUUGUGGUGUUUUUCAGUGUUUACAGCAUCCAUCUCUGUGAGGGAUUUCAUCAGGAUUCUUGGUCUCAUGGAUUCCAUUAUUUUCAUGAUACCUCUUUUGCAAGACUCCUUUUCUAAUUUCUCCAAAUCUUUUGUGUUUCUAAUACCAUAACAGGAA